UUUUUUGCAUUUUGUGCAUUUACCUCGUUGCCUUUUGAAAUAAAAUAUAUUAUUUUACUUUCUUUUGUUUAAGCAUUUAAGUUAAUUAAUCAAAAAAUAAUGUGUGACGAUUCAAAUUUGAUUUUGUGCUAUAACCGAGGAUGUGCUGUGAAAUUUGAUCAAGUUAAUAAUCUUGAAGAUUCUUGUGUAUAUCAUCCAGGUGACCCUUUUUUUCAUGACGCCUACAAAGGAUGGUCGUGCUGUAAAAAGAAAUGUACCGAUUUUACUGAGUUUCUUAACAUAAAGGGCUGCACAAAAGGUUACCAUAAUGGUAAAAAGCCAAAAGAGCCUGAAAAGUAUGUACCAGAUAAGGGUACCAAAGAUGAUAUCAUUGAAUAUCAUGCUCCAAAACCAGUUUCAUUACCAAGACCAUCAGCUAAUUUGCCAUUGGAAAACAUGAAACCUACUAUUUCUUCUACUCUUAUACAACAAAUGGCUUCUACUACUAUUAGCAAUACUAAUGGAAAUGAAACAAACAGUUUAACUGACAUUUCAAUUGGUACUAUGUGUAAAAACAAUGGAUGUAAACAGGCUUAUGAAGGUGCUGGCAAAGGUAAUCUUUCGUGUAACCACCAUCCCGGUAUACCUAUAUUCCACGAGGGUAUGAAAUAUUGGUCGUGUUGUAAUAAAAAGACGUCAGAUUUCAAUGCAUUUUUAGAACAAGUCGGGUGUUCACAAGGAGAACAUUGUUGGAUCAAGGAAACUAAAACUCAAGGACAAACUAACUGCCGUUUAGAUUGGUUUCAGACUGGACCGUGGGUUGUAUUAUCAAUUUUUGCCAAGAAAUAUGAUCCGAAUAUUUCUUUUGUGAAAUUGUCACCUGUAAAACUAUCUGUGGAAUUAUACUUUCCUUCUGAUAAUUCAUUGUUUUCUAAAACCAUGGAACUAUAUGGGAUUGUCGAUGUUAAUACAAGUUGUGUGUCUAUGUUGCCUACAAAAGUUGAAAUAAAACUUAAAAAAGCAGAACCAAUAUCAUGGGGAAUGUUGGAAUAUCGGAAGCAUAAAUCUUUAAGUACAAAUCAAUCUACAAAUUUAGAAACAAAUGUCAAAAAUGAAAAUGAAAAUAACUCAGUUGAAAGUGUUGACCUUGGGGAUCUUUAAUUGAUGAGAUUUAUUGAAUUUAUUUUUAACUUUUGGAUUAAUAUUUAUCAUUACAACAAUUAUCUAUAAACCUGAUACCAAAAU